AAACGCUGUAACAGCGGAAGUGUGUGAAUAUGAAAGAGCUCACUUUAAGGAACCAUAUUCACUUUCACCCACAUGAGUGAACAAAGCUGCUGAUCAUUUGACCAUAUCAGUUGUCUGAGUUUAAAAUCAUGGCCGAGCUGGACAAAACAGAGUUUCAAACUAAGAAAAGCAAAACCCUCAUCAUACGACAUCUACCCAGAGAACUCAACCGAGAUGAGAAGGAAGAUCUCCUAAAAUAUUUUGGGGCCUCCUCCGUCAGAGUCCUGUCAGAGAAGGGACCCCUUAAACAUAUGGCAUUUGCAACUUUUAGCAGUGAGACCUUAGCCUCUAAGGCACUAAGCAGACUUCAUCAGCUGAGAAUACUUGGUCACACACUAGUGGUAGAGUUUGCAAGGGAUCAAGAUGCUGUCACUGUAUUGAAAGACCCACCCGUGUCUGACAGUGGAGCUGAUGCCCAAGUUGAAAAGGAAAAGAAGGAAAAACAGCAACAUAACAUUCCUCUGGUGGACAACAGCAUUGCUCCGAAUCUGGGGUUGAAAUUUCAAACAAAUCCGACACUGAAAUAUUUAUACCCUCCUCCUUCAAGUGGAGUUUUGACAAACAUUGCACACACACUUUUGAGUGUGCCCAAGUUCUACGUUCAAGUUCUUCACUUGAUGAAUAAGAUGAACCUGCCCUGCCCAUUCGGACCCGUGACUGCUCCUCCCCCAAUGUUUGAGAUGCCCCGAGGCCCGCUGCCGCCAAUGCCCCCACCCUACCCCCCAGAGAACCCCCCACUCCCGGUGUGGGAAGAGGGGGGGACGGGCAGCGAAGAAGAAUCUGAAUAUGAGAGUGGAGAUGAUGAAGACAAAGAAAGGAUGAUCAAACUGAUGGGCCUUGUUAAUCAGCCAUGCAAAAGACAGCUGAGAGCAAAGACUUCUAAGAGAAAGAAACCUAAGCUGAAGGAUCUCCUGUUUACUCCCAAACCAGACUCCCAUGGUGCAUCAGGCCCAGUUUUGCAGCCAGCGGACGUGUUCGAGCAACCUCAGCCAUUAGGACAGAAAAAGAUUGAGUUCCAUCUAUCGGCUGAGGUGUCUGCUAUCCUCGUAGGGCCUGGAGAGAAUCAGGAGUCCCAAUCCACAGAUGUGACUGAAGGCACGGAUAAGACGGAGGUUCCCACUUGGGAUGCUCCAGAAGGGUUUGGAAAGAUCUACCCAAGUGCUCAGCUUCCCAGACAGGAAGAAGACAAGGAGGAAGAUGAGGACAUUCCCUCGGAGUUCAUCUCUAGAAGAGAGUUAGAGAGAGGCAGACUCUCCAGAGACGAGAUAAAGAAAAUGUCAGUGUUUAAAAAUUACGAACCCGGAGAACCAACCUGUAGACUUUACGUGAAGAAUAUUCCAAAGCAAGUUGAAGAAAAAGAUCUGAAGUUCAUCUACGGGCGGUAUGUCGACAUCUCCUCAGAGGAAGAGAGAAACAUGUUUGAUAUUGUUUUGAUGAAAGAGGGGAGGAUGAAAGGUCAGGCCUUCAUCGGGCUCCCGAGCGAGAGAAGUGCGGAGAAAGCCUUGAAGGAAACCAAUGGAUUCAUACUCCACGACAAACCUCUUGUGGUGCAAUUUGCCCGUUCUGCAAAACCUAAACAGGAUUCUGCCGACCCAAAGAAAGGAGGAAAGAAACACUGAACUGAUGAUGUUGCAUCAAAUUACCUCAGUCAUGAGCCUACAGGAGCACUUCAUAUCCUUUUAAAUAUCCUUUUAAAAGAGUUAUUUUCACAAGGUCAUCUUAUAACUCAUAACUUUGUAUGUUUACAUUACAAAUCUAGCAUAGUUUGUAGGGUGAAUGGAAUUGCUUCCAAAUGUCAAGCAAUAUUUUUCUGCUUUACCACUGUCCUUUAACAUUAAAAUUAAUUUAUUGUCAUGCAUGAAUCUUGUUAUUGUUAUUAAUACUCUCAUUUCUUUUCCUCAAUUUUUUCUGCAGACUGACUGUUGAGUCCUGUUGGGCUGAAGUUCAUCUACGACUUAAUCUUUUUUUAUAUGUAGGAAAUGAUUAUGUUGAUAUUUCUUGCAAUAAAAUAAAAUAGGAAAUCAUAUCUUUAGUCUGAGAACUUCCUUGAGGACCCUGUCAUGACAGUAUUGUUAUUGGAUACUUUUGUAUUUAAUAUUGUUGUUUAUGUGUUGUUUGUGCACUCAUGGAGCAGAAGAUUGGAUCCUGACGUUAAUGUAUUGGUACCAGUAUUGUUGUGCACACACAGCAUUGGCCUUUGAUGAGAAGUAGAGUAAAUUUAGAAUCGGCUAUCAGUCAGCCAACUCAUCUUCCAGCAUUACAGCAACAGAUGGUACUGUCAAUACAGCAGAGAGCACAGGCAAAGAAUACACAAAAAAUGGCUGUGACUGGUGCUGGCCCGAAUCGAAGAUUAGCUGUUCUUUGUUCACUGUUCUUUAGUCUGGAUUGCUGGUUCUUCAACUUCCAAAAACAGCUAAGCAACUGCAAAUGGGGGAUGUCAUCAUGAAAUGUGUGAUGUUUCUUCAGAGCAAAUAAUCAGAGCAGUAAACACCUAUUUUCUCUUUACUUCCUGUUAUUAAACUUAUGCUGUAGACAAUUAGGCGCAUUUUGGUAGCAAACAUUAUUCUUUGUUCUGUGAUUGAUUCUGAACUCAAACACUCAUAAAAUAAAAACUUUUUUUUAAAGAU